AUAAGAAAUUGGAUCAAUGUUUUAACUUGAUGUCUCCUAACUAUUUCCUAUCAGUAGUAUACAAAGGUUUUUCAAUAUAAAUAGCAGUGCUAGGAGUUUGAAGCAAACACACAAAUUGUAACCAAACAAAAGUCCGCCAAGAAAGACAAAAGAAAAAAUGGAGAAGAAAGAGUUAUGGAUUAACUUGAGAGAAGAAGAUUUAACCUCAGAAACAAAGACUCUAAUCUCUUCUCUUCCUUCAGAUGAACCAUACCUCGGUCUAAACCUCUGCAAAUACCAAGGUACUUGGUAUUACUACAACUUCCUCCAAGGUAUCCUCAAUGUCCAGAGAGGUCUUCAGCCUCAAGACACUGAUAUCAUCAUCGCAUCUUUCCCUAAAUCCGGUACCUUAUGGAUCAAGGCACUCACUGUGACCCUCUUCCAGAGAUCAGAGAACCCUUCUUCUGGUGAUGAUCAUCCUCUUUUAUCCAACAACCCUCAUGACCUCGUACCGAUUCUUGAGAUGCAUCUGUAUCGCGACACCCACAAACCGGACUUGACCAAGAUCUCAUCGUCAUCUCAAAGGGUGUUCUCUACUCACAUGCCGUUCCAUACUCUUCAAGAAGCUCUCAAAUACUCUCCUUGCAAGGUAGUGUACAUUUGCAGGGAUGCUAAGGAUUGUAUGGUGUCACGUUGGCGUUUCAUUUGCAGGUGUCUGAACAAAGAAGAGGACAGAAACAUUCUCGAGUCUAUGUUCGAGUCCUUCUGCAGCGGGGUUGCCUUGUUUGGUCCCUUUUGGGAUCAUAUCCUGAGUUAUUGGAAAGCUAGCUUGGAAAACCCUAAGCAUGUUCUGUUUAUGAAGUACGAUGACAUGAAAACAGAUCCCCAUGCUCAGCUCAAGAAGCUUGCAGAGUUCUUGGGUUGUCCCAUUUCUGAGAAAGAAGAAAAAAAUGGAUGUGUGGAUGAGAUCUUGGAGAUGUGCUCUCUGUCUAAGCUGAGAAGUUUGGAGGUUAACAUGACCGGAGAAUCGGUCAAUGGCAUUGAUAACAAGAACCAUUUUCGUAAAGGGAUAGUCGGUGACUGGAAGAAUUAUCUAACUCCAGAAAUGGGGAACAAAAUGGACAUGAUCAUGGAGGAGAAACUCAAAGAUUCGGGUCUCAAGUUCUGAGUUAUGUUCUAAAAUGCAUUGUAAUUAUAAAGUAGCUUGUUCUUAUGUAUGCUUCAUGCUUUAGAAUUCUGAGUUAUGUCAUGUGUUGCUUGUGUGUGUGUGUGUGUUUCUUCCCCUGGGUGUUGUUUGUGUUCUUUAAUAAAAAGUACAUUUCUAUAGUCAAGACUCAAGACCGUCUUGGACAUAACAAAUCAAACAUUAAUCUAUAACUUCAAAUUUUACAAAAGAAUUUACAUAAACGUUGGCUCUCAAAUCUGUAUGAAAAAAUAUAUCAAAACUAUUUUAAAAUUGUUUAAAUAACCCGCAAAAUCUCAACUUGUGUUCCCUAAUGCUUCCUUUCAUUCAUUAUGUAUGUGUUCAUACGACGGUAAUGAGAAUGCUGCAAAAAGAAGGGUAUCAAAAAGAAAAUAUUCUUUUAAUAGUAAUCUUAAACAUCAUGCUUUUUUCUCCUCUUC